AUGAUCAAGGCCCUACCUCUUUUCCAGAAAGCUGCAAAGGUUGUAGCGGAUCACGACGGUGAUCACACGGCCAUUAUUGAGUAUGGGUCUGCUCAUGGCAAUAAUUCAUUGGAGCCUAUUCAAGCCAUCCUGAAAGCAACUCCUUCCCGUCAAGUGGAAUUGCUCUUCAGUGAUCGUCCAGAGAACGAUUUCAGUACUCUGUCUACCACUAUCACAUCAUGGGCCGACACAUUGGACAAGACUGAGUUCCCCCAUGCAUUGUUCUUGAGCAUGAUACCUCGCAACUUCUACCAGAAAGUUGUUCCCCUUAAAUCAGCACAUCUCGGCUUCUCGCUUGCUGCUCUGCACCAUCUCGACCAUAUUCCCCCUCCAACAGGCGUGCAGUCGGAGGAUGAUCAGCUGCUCAAGAAACAAGCCCAUCUUGAUCUCUCCACCUUUCUGGAACUUCGCGCCCAGGAGAUCAUCUCUGGUGGUUCACUUGUUCUCUCAUUCGUUGGUCAAGCAUCUGCUGGAUACGAGAACUACAGUGGACCUGUCGACGCGUGCCGCAACGCGAUGAUCGAGAUGGUCCAGCAAGGAAUCAUUCCUGUUUCAGUAGCAGCAGCUUUUCGUGUCCCAACGUAUAACAGAACUCUGGAUGAUGUGAGAAAAAUCCUGGGUGAGAUGAGCAACCUGUGGAACGUUCAUGAUUUGUUCGAGAACGACAUCACCCAUCCAGCCAUCCACGAUCUGAAAAAGAAGCAGGUUGAGGGCGAAGACGCCAGUCAAGAAUAUGCCAAUGUUGUUAUUGACUGGAUGAUGGCUGUUUGCUCUGGUUACUUUCUCAAAGCCCUCAAAGUUGGCAAUGGAGGGCGCUACAGUGACGAGGAGGAGGAGAGGCUUUUGGGUGAUUGGGUUGCUAAGACUAAGGCAUUAUUCAUUCGGGAUCACAAGGAUGAGGAGGUUGUUUGCUCAUUUCUCUAUCUUCAUUUGGGUAGGGUUUAG